UAUGUAUUUUGAAUGUCCAUGCUCGUAUAAAAAGGAAUUAGAAUAAGAAGAACAAAUAAUAUAACACAUAGAUCAUUGUGAACAAUUUAAUAAUGACAGUCCUUUAUGUAAUAUGUACAAAAGGGGAAAUGUUGAUGAAGUGCCUAUAGAACAAUUAGUUACGUUUUUAUGUGAUUUAAAACUACAAGUAGAAAGAAUAGAAAAUGUUUUAAGAAGACGUAUAAUAAUAUAAUUAUUUCUUAGGUGGCUAUUAAAAAAAGAUAACAUCAUUUAUAUCAGAAUUAAAUUUUGAUCAUUAUGCUAAAUAUACUUCCACAUCAAAAAUUAAAUCAAACAAUGGUGGAGUGAAAUAAAAUGGAAUUACAGUUAAAAUUCUUUCAAAUAACAUUUCAAAUGAGAAAUAAAAAAGUUCAAUUGAAUAAGAAAAUUAAAAUCAAAAUAAUAAGCUUCCUCCUACUCCACCUCUUUCACCUAAUCGAUUUGAAGAGGAGAGAAACUAAGAUAUAUUUACAGCUCAUUAACCAACAAUGCUAAUAGAAGAAUAACCAAAAACUAAUACUUAAUAAUAAUAAUAAGAUUAAAAGGUUGCUUGUGAAGGUUGUAGAAAAGCCUUUUAUUUUAAUUAAGAUUUUGAAAAAUUAUGGUUUUUAGAACAUUGUGGACAUGUAAUGUGUAAAUUAUGUAUACAUCGAUUGGCAUAAGAAAAAUUUGUUGAAAAUGAUGGAAGAGUAAUGUGUCAAGAAAUUGGAUGUAUAUCUAAAAUAACAUAUUUUGAAUUAAAAUAAAUACUUGGACUUGAUAAAUUUAAUGAAUUAGAUAAAAAAUUAGCACUUAAAAAUUAAAAUAUAGUUGAAUGUAUUAAAUGUUAAUCUUAAUUCUCUUUUGAAAAAGGUAAUCCAAAUGAAUAAGUAAAAGAUUAAUAAGGUAAAAGUAUAAGUGGUGAAGCAUUAAUUAAUUAUGCUAAUAAUAGAUUUAUUUGUAAAUAAUGUAAAACAGAAUAAUGUAAAUAAUGUAAUGCAGUACCAUUUCAUAUUGGAAUGACUUGUUAAUAAUAUAAGACUAAUUAAUAAGCAAAUAAAUGUAUUCUUUGUGAUUUCCCUUGUGAAGGAAAAGUAUGUAAUUAAGAAGAUUGUUAAAAAAGAAUAUAAAAAUUAUGUCAAAAAACAUUAGAUUGUGGUCAUAAUUGUAAUGGAGUAAAAGGUGAAGAAUGUUUAUGUUUACGUUGCUCAAAAUAAGAACCAGAUGAUUAUUGUAAUAUGUGUUUUACUGAAGCAUUAAAGAGUGCUCCUUGUAUUAAAACUGAAUGUGGACAUAUUUUUCAUGAAGAAUGUAUUAUGAAGAAAUUAGAUGCCAAAUGGAAUGGACCUAGAAUUGUAUUUUAAUAUUGUACAUGUCCUUUAUGUAAAAAAUGGUUGGAUGUUAAACAUAAGGAAAUUUAAACAAAAUUAAAUGCAGCUUUAUAAUUACAAUUAUAAAUAUAGGAUUUAUGUAUAGAAAGAUUAGAUAUUGAAGGAAUGAAAUAAGCAAAAGAAAUUACAGAUCCUAAAAGUUAGUAUUAUUAAAAACCUAAAGAAUUUGCAAUGGAUAAAUUUUGUUUUUAUUAAUGCUUUAAAUGUGAAAAGCCUUAUUUUGGAGGAAUCAAAAAUUGUUAAGCUGCUGCAGAAAAUAAUGAUAGAACCUAAUUUAAUAAGGAAGAUUUAAUAUGUUCCAGUUGUUGUCCUAUCUCUUUUGAAGCUAAAUGUAUUAAACAUGGAGUUAAAUAUAUUGAAUUUAAAUGUCGAUUCUGUUGUUCUGUUGCUGUAUGGUUUUGUGGGUAAAUAUAAAUUUAUAUUUCAUUUUUAGAGGAACUACUCAUUAUUGUGAACCAUGUCAUAGUGGUAGAAAUCCAAACAUGAAUAAACCUUGUCCAGGACCAGAAAAAUGUCCAUUGGGUGUUAAUCAUAAACCAACUGGUUAGGAAAAUGCAUUAGGAUGUGCACUUUGUAGGUCUAAAAGAGUUGAUGAUAUACUUAAAAAAAACUGA